UUCGGAGUCUUCUGCCGCGCACCUUCGCGCCCUGGGACCUGAGCGGAGCCGCCCGCCAAGGCUUUUCCCUCCUCCGCGGGGCGAAAGCUUGUGGGCGCCCCGCAUCUCCCCCAGCCCCGGGGUCUCUCCUGCAUUUCCUCUGUGCUGCUUUGAUCAGGGGGACUUUGGGUUUGUUUGUUUGUUUUCUCCUCUUUCCUCUUUGUUGCUCUAAAACCGGUCUUGCCGAAGCCCCGCACUCCGGAGGGAGUUCGACUUCUCGAGAAAGGCGGUUGCCGCGGACCCACAAGCCGGUGCCCACCCCGCCCGCCUUACCCGCUGCCUGCGUUCGUUCGCCCGAGGAAGCCAGCCGAGAGGUCAUUGAUGCACCCAUUCCAGUGGUGUAACGGGUGUUUCUGCGGCCUGGGACUGGUUAGUACCAACAAGUCCUGCUCAAUGCCACCCAUCAGUUUCCAAGACCUUCCUCUCAACAUCUACAUGGUCAUCUUUGGCACAGGCAUCUUUAUCUUCAUGCUCAGCCUCAUCUUUUGCUGCUAUUUUAUCAGCAAGCUCCGGAACCAGGCACAGAGUGAACGAUACGGAUAUAAGGAGGUGGUGCUUAAAGGUGAUGCUAAGAAGUUACAGUUAUAUGGGCAGACCUGUGCAGUCUGUCUGGAAGACUUCAAGGGGAAGGACGAGCUAGGUGUGCUCCCAUGCCAACAUGCCUUUCACCGGAAAUGUCUGGUGAAGUGGCUGGAAGUACGCUGUGUCUGCCCUAUGUGUAACAAGCCCAUUGCUGGUCCCUCAGAGGCCGCUCAGAGCAUCGGGAUCCUAUUGGAUGAGCUGGUGUGAGUGCUGUCUCUACACCAAGGCCUGCAGAAGACCUCUUGCCUCAUGGAUGCCUGGUCCCUCUGCAUAGCUGCAGUGAACAAGACUGUUGGGUGGUGACGGUCAUGCUCACCUGAAGGGGAGGUAGUGCAGGGCUGGUCUCCCACCAUCAGGGUGAGACUGUCUUGCCCCACCUUUCUGCCUCCUAAGUCUUCUUCCCUGCUACUCAGUACUGAUGGCAUUGCCCUUCAAAACCACUGUAUCCUGGUACUGGACUAUCUACCUGCCUUGUCCCUGCUCUGGGGAAAGAAAGCCACCUCUAUCUGGCCAAGAACUUGGAGUACACCUCUUGAGAGUUCCCCUUGUGAGGACAAGCUGCCCUGACCUAAAAGAGGGGAUGAGAUGGGCUCUGCCCCACCCGUGACCUCCCCUCCCCUCCCCACUCCUUCCGUAAGAAAGUUAGAAGGGAAAGAAGGAAAGAUGGAGGAACCAAGUGCCUCCAGUGGAAGUGAGGGAGGCCGGGUAGGAAAUCAGGAGGAACAGGGACAUAUAAAAGGAAAGUCAAUGUUUACAUGGGACCUAUCGAAACAAAGGCUGGCCGGCCGGCCUGCUGACUACGGGGUGAUAGAGGGCAGAUCCCCUCCCCCUGCUAGGAUCUGAGGUGCUUAUCCAUUCCCUGUCUUCCUCAGCUAAUCUCAGAGCUUCCUACUCCAUGUUGGGGUUUGAGAGCCCCCCUAGAGGAAGGGCUUGUUCUACACUCAAGUGGAUACCCAGGAGCAAAAGGGGCCUGGGGAUGGGGGUGUCUGAAGGUUAAGGUAGCAACAGAUACCUUCUUCCCCUUUGUAAAUAGUAUUUUUAUACUGCAUCCUCACCAUCUCAGGCUUUAUACACAUGAUCCCCUGGGUGGAGGGGGUGGGGGUUUUCCGUUCCUCCCUGGAGUGGGUGAGGGUGGGAGAAAGGUAUGUAUUUAAGAAAAUUAAAUUUAAUAACAAGUUUCUCUAAUCUUUGCCUCUGGUUGUGGCCCAUGUCUGCUGCCCUUUUCUGCCAAGAAAGGGAACAAAGUUCUCUAACUGCCUCUCCCGACUUCCCCAUACUCAGAUCAAACACACACAAAAGUUCCUAAUCUCUAAAAUGAAAAGUUGGUAUUAGAUUAUUGCUUGUAAAACAUGGGGUAAGACUAACAUCAGUGUAUUCUAAGACUGGACUAAGCCAGGCUCAUUCAUCUGAUUUCUAGAAUAUUUUUAAGGGAAGCUGGUGUAUGCCACCACAGCAUUCCAUUAACUGAGACUUGAAGUUAAUAGAAUUCUACUUGUAAUUCAAGCAAUUGUGCUCUUAACAUAACUGAAGGUCCAGGUUGCUACCACAGAGGCUUGCUAUCUUUUCCCUCAUAUUUUUUUCUUACAUACUAGCUGACAAUCACUAACACGUGCUACCUUCCUAAGCCACAUCUGGAAGUGUUGCAUUGUUAACAUUUUUUGCCCGUAUGUGCACUCAGAUCUUGCACCCAUGUCCUCCAGCUUUGCUCUGUCAAUGUCCCAAGGGGCUGCUGAAUCGAUGGGUAUGCAAAGUGGAUUGAGAGCACCGGGAACAAUUUUCCUGGCCAUCAUAAGCACUGAGCGUCUGGGCUGUGGUUGCCCCCUGCUCCGUGGAAGAGGGCAGUGCCAGUGGUCAUCCCAGGGGCAAGCCCUAGGUGCUGUGCACAGGAGGAGCAUUUGUUGAGCAAAGUAUAGUGUAGUGGUGGGUCACAGACAUACAAGAGAUGCCCGUGCACCCAGAGGAGCCAGGCUUAACAGGGAGGUGUGGUGCCCUCCCACCCCUGCAAUUGUGCCAUGGAGGCUGACAUCACAGUUGGUACUCAUGCUGGACAGACCUGAGGUGCAGCUGGGGCACCUAAUGGUCCUGGUGAAGUUGUCAGCACCUGUCUCGGUGGGGUCCUUUGCCUAGGGGUGCACCUCUUCUUGACACCACCUCCUCCUUCACUCUCUGAGGGAUAACUCCUGCUACCCCUCAAAGCCUGUACCCCUUGCUGCUGCCAGCCGUACAAUGCCUGGUCUUUUCUUUAUCAGGGGCACUGCUGCUUCCUCUUGUACUGCCAGCUUGCUUUAGUGUAGGGAAUAAAAUGCGUUUCCUAAGCAAAACGAGGAGCCCUCCCUCCAGCUCCUGCUGUGACCAUAUGGUGGAUGCAUGACUGGGAUGAGGUGGGGAAGGCAGGUGGUCCACAGGUAGGCUUCAACAUCUACAUGUUCCUACCUCCCCAUCUCCCUUCCUCUUAAGGAAAAUUCAUCAGCGUUGGCAUAUUCUCAUUAAAAUGUUGGCUCUAAGA